CUUGCCGUGGAAGCAACUGAGAUCGCUGAAUCGGCACAAUCCCAGCAGCCAACAUCUUUUGUUUACUUUCGUGGUUUAAAGCUUUCUUGGAACCCUUGACCCGGUCGAAUUGCACCGGAACAAAGAGUGAAAGCCGAUAUUUUGACUCUGAAUCCCUGUGAAAGCCAUUGAGCUUUGAUCGCCGCGCGCCACGGUCAAUAAGACCAUUUCCAGCCCCGGUCGACAAGUUCGACUUACACGGCCAAGCACCCUGAAAGCUAUCCCAACUUCGCGACGUGACCCCUCUGGACCACCCCUUGCCGAGAAGUUUUCUUGGGUACUUUGAGGCAGGAAAAGUCAUCAAAAGAUCCAACGCGGAAACUGAAAAAGUCUGUAACUCCAACAGCCGCACGAUAACCGUGACUGGCGCAUCUUGAUCUCGCCAGUGUCCCCUCCCCCCCUAUUCAAUCGCGGGGUUCCCUCGACCGAGCCAGCCACACCAGCUUGAAGUGUAUCACUUCUUAUAGACUCCAGGACUAUUCAAGAUGUCAUCCGCGAGGCCCGCCACACCGGCGUCGCCCAAGAACUACAAAGUCAAAGCAGCCCAGCAAGGCCAGCCCAUGUACGGUUGCGAACACCUACAGAAGCUCUUCAACCAAGAUCAAGUGACGACCAACACAUCGAUCCAUCAUUACAAGAUGAUUCUCCGUACAAUAUUCGACCAGACCCCGGUCGUCUCCCAGACGGUGAAGGUGGUGGACACUCAGCAAGUUGUCACCACUCUCACACCGACCUAUCUUUGUCUUCAGUGCCCAUCAACGGUUACUGAGGAAGACCGAAUAAAACAUGGAAACAAGAAGUCGCACCGUUUUUAUGUCGACUCGAGAAGCGCCGCUCUUUACUGCCAAAUGUGCGACGACAUGGUUUAUGACCCAACCUUUGAAGAGCUUCGGUUGAAGAAACUUGGCACAAGCACAUUCUCCAACACACGGAAACGCAAGCAAGACGAGCUCUUCUCGCCCGAUCCUGUCAAAGAUAGCCCCGCCUACAUCUCCCAAAACACCACGACAGCAACCUGCAAGGCCAACGGUCUCCGAGGCAUCUACAACGCAGGUGCCACGUGCUACCAAAACGUCGUUCUCCAGUCGUUCCUUCACAACCCCAUCCUCCGAAACUACUACCUGAGCGACGGCCAUUCGAGCUGCGACACCCCCCACUGCCUUUCCUGCGCCAUGGAUGACAUGUUUCAAGACUUUUACGCCGUGGAAAACACCAAUGGCUAUACGGCGGCCAAUAUCCUCAGUGGAUUCUGGAUCUCGGAGCGGAAAGCCUUUGAAAAUCUCGUCACGACCAAGGAGCAAGACGCGCACGAGUUUUUCCAGUUCUUGGCCGAGGAGCUGCACGAGAGGAACGGUGACGGGAAGAAACCAGAGAUUGGGAGUGAGCACAGCUGUAACUGCAUCAUCCACCAGACUUUUUAUGGUAAACUGCAAACGCAGACAACGUGCCAGAAUUGUCAGGGAGUGACGAACCAAGUACAAAGCUUUCUGGACUUGAGUCUGCCGCUGGAGAAUCUGACGCAGAAAAAGGGAGGGAAGAAGCUGCUGGGGGGCAAGGGGACGAUGACGCUGCAAGAGUGCUUGGAUGAGGAGUAUGUCAAGCUUGAUAAGUGCGAGUAUAGGUGUAAUGGAUGUAAUUCGACGCAGCAGGCGAGGAGACAGACGAGUAUCAAGCGGUUGCCGAAUGUGCUGUCGAUUCAGCUGAAGAGAUUCGAGUACAAGCAAGGCCGUCAUGAGCGAGCAGCCAAGAUCGACACCCCGGUUCAGUUCCCGCUGCAGUUGAAUAUGCUGCCUUAUACGACUGUUGGCCGGUCUGGGGACACAAAAGAUAGCUACGAACUGGCGAGGCAAUGCACGUAUGAUUUGUUGAGUGUGGUGGUGCACGUGGGGGAGAUUGAUACGGGGCAUUAUGUGUCGUAUUGUCGGGUUGGUGAUCAGUGGUUCGCUUUCAACGACCACAAGGUGGAAGUUGCCCAGAAGUCGGACGUGCUCAACGCAAAAGCCUACCUCUUGUUUUAUAUUGUCAGGUCAUUGACGUAGGAACCUUGCUGGGUUUCUUAGGCAGAGCUGGUUGGACUGUCUCCAUAUCGUCCAACGGAACGGGGCCGGACCUUUUGAGCCGCCGAGUUGAAGUGAUAGUUGGUUUUUUUGUUAGCUGGCUAUUCUUAUCUUGUUGUUCUUCCGCGAAAGCGAAAGAGACCAGCGAAAAUGGAUUGUUGUGGUUUUAUUUGGUUUUUGGAUGGAUGUACGGGGAUCUCUUCCAAUGAAGGAAGGAGCGGCAUUUGUAAAUACCACUUCUUGCACUGUAUAAAAAGCAUUCAUUGAUAUGAAAUACUGGUUGGGAAAGGGGUAAUAGAUUUGGUGUGGUUCAUUGAGCGCACUUUUGAAGCACCAUUACCAGACAUGCGGAAAGGUUGUCUGUCAUGAAGCCAUGCUACCUAUAUCUACAAAGUAGGUAGGGA